GAGCAGCUGGUGGGUUGGAACCACCAGCCUUUCGGUUAACAGUCAAGCUCGUUAACCACUGUGCCACCAAGGCUGCCUCGGCUUCCCCCAAAUGAAGUCAAAUUCUCUGGGUUGUCUUUGAACUCAUGCAGUUGUUUGUAUGUCAGAUGUCUUCACAUUUUUCUAAUUUAUUUUUCUUGUCUGGGGGGUUUUGUUUGUUUGUUUUGUUGUAAUUCAGUCUCCCUGUUAGUGGAGUAGGCUUGGUUGGCAGCAUUGCUGUUUGCUGACUGUCUUUUCUUCUCUCUAGGAGUCAGAGUUGGCAGAGGUGCUGUGGCUAGAAGAGCAGCUAGUGAACACUUUUCUUGCUAUUUACCUGAAGCUGGAGUGUGAGGACUAAAGCCCUGGCGGCUUUAAGAUAAGAUGAAGACAGUGCUCAUGGUUGCAGAAAAGCCAUCUUUGGCCCAGUCCAUUGCCAAAAUCCUCUCUCGAGGGAGCAUGUCUUCACACAAAGGGCUGAAUGGAGCCUGCUCAGUCCACGAGUAUACGGGGACCUUCGCUGGCCAGCCAGUCCACUUCAAGAUGACGUCUGUCUGUGGUCACGUGAUGACCCUGGAUUUCCUAGGAAAGUACAACAAGUGGGACAAAGUGGACCCCGCCGAGCUGUUCAGCCAAGCGCCGACAGAGAAGAAGGAAGCCAACCCCAAGCUGAACAUUGUGAAGUUCCUGCAGGUGGAGGCCCGGGGCUGUGACUACAUCGUGCUGUGGCUGGACUGUGAUAAAGAGGGUGAGAACAUCUGCUUUGAGGUCCUCGACGCUGUGCUGCCUGUCAUGAAUAAGGCCCACGGUGGUGAGAAGACGGUGUUCCGGGCCAGGUUCAGCUCCAUCACAGACACUGACAUCUGCAAUGCCAUGGCCCGCCUGGGUGAGCCCGACCACAACGAGGCACUCUCAGUGGACGCCCGCCAGGAGCUGGACCUGCGCAUCGGCUGCGCUUUCACCAGGUUCCAGACUAAAUACUUCCAGGGGAAAUAUGGGGACUUAGACAGCUCUCUCAUCUCCUUCGGGCCGUGUCAAACUCCCACCCUGGGGUUCUGCGUGGAGAGACACGAUAAAAUCCAGUCCUUCAAGCCGGAGACCUACUGGGUGCUGCAGGCCAAGGUGAAUGCUGAUAAAGACAGAACUCUCCUUCUGGACUGGGACCGAGUGCGAGUGUUCGACCGGGAGAUUGCACAGAUGUUUUUAAACAUAACAAAGCUGGAGAAGGAAGCCCAGGUGGAGGCCACCAGCAGGAAGGAGAAGGCCAAGCAGAGGCCCCUGGCCCUGAACACCGUGGAGAUGCUGCGGGUGGCCAGCUCCUCUCUGGGCAUGGGGCCACAGCACGCCAUGCAGACCGCAGAGCGCCUCUACACACAGGGCUACAUCAGCUACCCACGUACCGAGACCACCCACUACUCUGAGAACUUCGACCUGAAGGGCCCUUUGCGGCAGCAGGCCAAUCACCCGUACUGGGCUGACACAGUGAAGCAGUUGUUAGCAGAAGGGAUCAACCGCCCACGGAAAGGCCACGAUGCUGGCGACCACCCCCCCAUUACCCCUAUGAAGGCGGCCACAGAGGCUGAAUUAGGGGGUGAUGCAUGGCGGCUGUAUGAGUACAUCACACGGCACUUCAUCGCUACGGUGAGCUAUGACUGCAAGUACCUGCAGAGCACCAUCACCUUCCGCAUCGGUCCCGAACACUUCACCUGCUCUGGGAAGACCGUCCUCUCAACAGGCUUCACAGAGAUUAUGCCCUGGCAGAGUGUGCCCCCGGAGGACAACCUGCCUACCUGCCAGUGGGGUGACACCUUCGCCGUCAGCGAGGUGAAGAUGCUGGAGAAGCAGACGAGCCCACCCGACUACCUGACAGAGGCCGAGCUUAUCACGCUCAUGGAGAAGCACGGCAUCGGGACGGAUGCCAGCAUCCCCGUGCACAUCAAUAACAUCUGCCAGCGAAACUACGUCACUGUGGAGAGCGGGCGCCGGCUCAAGCCCACCAACCUCGGCAUCGUCCUGGUGCACGGCUACUAUAAGAUUGAUGCGGAGCUGGUGCUCCCCACCAUCCGCAGCGCCGUGGAGAAGCAGCUGAACCUAAUUGCCCAGGGCAAGGCUGACUACCGCCAGGUGCUGGGGCAUACCCUGGACAUCUUCAAGAGGAAGUUCCACUACUUCGUCGACUCCAUUGCCGGCAUGGAUGAGUUGAUGGAGGUGUCAUUUUCGCCCCUGGCUGCCACGGGAAAGCCCCUCUCCCGCUGCGGCAAGUGCCACCGGUUCAUGAAGUACAUCCAGGCCAAGCCGAGCCGCCUGCACUGCUCGCACUGCGACGAGACCUAUACCCUCCCCCAGAACGGCACCAUCAAACUCUACAAGGAGCUCCGGUGCCCGCUGGAUGACUUUGAGCUGGUCCUAUGGUCGUCAGGCUCUCGGGGCAAGAGCUACCCUCUGUGCCCCUACUGCUACAACCACCCGCCCUUCCGAGACAUGAAGAAAGGCAUGGGCUGCAAUGAGUGCACGCACCCCACCUGCCAGCACUCGCUGAGCAUGCUGGGCGUCGGGCAGUGUGUGGAGUGUGAGAGCGGCGUGCUGGUGCUGGACCCCACCUCAGGCCCCAAGUGGAAAGUGGCCUGCAACAGGUGCAAUGUUGUGGCGCACUGCUUCGAGAAUGCCCACCGCGUGCGCGUGGCUGCUGACACCUGCGGGGCCUGUGAGGCUGCCCUGCUCGAUGUGGACUUCAAUAAAGCCAAGUCCCCGCUGCCCGGUGGCGAGACGCAGCACACAGGUUGCGUCUUCUGCGACCCCGUCUUCCAGGAGCUGGUGGAGCUGAAGCAUGCAGCCGCCUGCCAUCCCAUGCACCGUGGCGGCCCAGGCCGCAGGCAGAGCCGAGGGCGGGCCCGAGGCCGGAGGCCCCUGGGGAAGCCCAGCCCCCGGCGGCCAAAGGACAAGAUGUCAGCACUGGCCGCCUACUUUGUGUGAGAGCUAGUGUGCCCUGGCCCUGGGUGGUACAGCUGUCAUGGUUGUCCUCUGGUCACUGAAACCAUUAAAAUGCAUUUU